UGGUGCCUUCCCUUGACUUAUUUCUCUGCUUGCUUUCUUGUGAUUGUGCAGUCCAGUUGCACUUGAUGGGUGAGUUACAAACCUCUGUCUCUCUCUCCUACAUCAGGUGUCCUUGGUCAGUUUUGCUUUUUGGUUUUCUGGGUCUGUUCUGUUUUCUUGUUCUGCCUUGCAAUUUGGUUUCAUGGGAAGUGAUGGUUUUUGGGAGUUAAAUAGUUGUGGUUGUGGUUAUUUAACUGAUUGGGCUGUUUCUUUUUGUUUGGAAGUAAUGGGUAAUGCUAGUGGUAGAGAAGAUGGAGAAGGAACCUCAGGCGCAAAGAAUAAUGGAUAUGAAGUGGAUAAUGAGCAGUCUAAUUCAGACCCCAUGCUUCACUCCCCUCCCCAUAGUCCUAAUGAGGCUUAUCAGCUUCCUUUCCUAUUCCCUCCACAGAUCCCUAUGUUUCCCUGGCUAAGAUCUGCAGAAAUGAUGCAAGCCCAAAAUGAUGUGCUAGUUCAAAACCCUACACACAACGAGGAUCUCCAUAGUGAGAAUAACUUGCUAUGGGAAUGCAUCGAUUCUCGUAGAGCUUUGGAUUUACAGAUCCAUGAGGCGCCCUUCCCAAGACCUGGUCAAAUGAUGCAAAUCCAAAAUGAUCCACUGGUAGAAAAUACAGCAUAUUGUGAGGAUCUCCACCAAGAGGAGAAGAGAGCAGUGAUGAUAGCAUGGUGUUUUGGUGGCAAGAAAGUAGCUAUUACUGGAUCAUGGGAUAACUGGAGGACCAUAGAACCCUUGCACUCUUUGGGUAAAGAAUUCAUUAUCAUGAAGAUGCUCCCAUCAGGUGUUUACCACUACUACUUCAUUGUGGAUGAUGUUAUGACAUAUGAUCCAAACUUGCCUUGGGAAUUUGACGAGUCUGGGGGUGCUUAUAACAUUUUGGAUUUGCAGGAGUUUGUUCCAGAGGCUCCCGAAAGCCUCUCAGAGUUCGAAUCUCCGCCUUCUCCGAUAUCAAGCUAUGACAAUCAAUCACUAAAUGAUGAUGAUUUCAGCAAGCCUCCGCCUGAACUGCCUCCACAGCUUCGGACAAAGUUGUUGGAUGAGCAAUCAUUUGUUAUUAGGAGUCAUGGGUUCUCGCGAAGGCCUUCUCAUACACUGCUGAACCAUCUUUACAGACAAGAUGGUGAUGAUGGUCAGUCUGUGGCGCUUUGCACAACACACCGGUUUCUUCAAAAAUAUGUGACUGUCGUACUAUACAAGUCCUUGCAUAGGUAAAUUAAACCUUUAUACUUAGUAUAUUUAAUACUGCUUAUGACUAUUUGAUAUUGUUGACAUAAUGAAAAGGAAAAUGACAAAGGUUA